CAGGACCGAACCAAGGGGCUGAGGCUGCUGCUCGUAGUUGUCUGCGUCCCACGUUUUAAAAUGGCUUCUGCUACCGAUUCCAGGUAUGGUUACAGAGAUGUUUCAGACCAGAACUUUGACUAUAUGUUCAAAUUAUUGAUAAUCGGGAAUAGCAGCGUGGGAAAGACCUCGUUCCUUUUUCGGUAUGCUGAUGACACCUUCACAUCUGCAUUUGUAAGCACUGUCGGCAUAGACUUCAAAGUGAAAACAGUAUAUCGAAAUGACAAGAGGGUGAAACUGCAAAUCUGGGAUACAGCUGGACAGGAGAGGUACCGGACCAUCACAACUGCUUAUUACAGAGGAGCAAUGGGCUUUAUUUUGAUGUAUGAUAUUACCAGCGAAGGUUCCUUUAAUGCUGUACAGGAUUGGGCCACCCAGAUGAAAACAUACUCCUGGGACAACGCACAGGUGAUUUUAGUUGGAAAUAAAUGUGACAUGGAAGAAGAAAGGGUUAUUGCUCCAGAAAAAGGAAAGCACCUUGCUGAUCAGCUGGGCUUUGAGUUUUUUGAAGCUAGUGCUAAAGAGAACAUCCAGGUGAAGCAAGUGUUUGAGCGCCUGGUGGACAUAAUCUGCGACAAAAUGUCAGAAAGCCUGGAUACAGAUCAUCCUCCAGGAGGGGAAAAUUUGCGUUUUACAGACACUGCUCCUCCCAUACAUCAGAAGUGUUCUUGCUGAUCUGGGGCCACAUGAGACCACAUACCCUACAUACAAAGUUACAGUUUUGGCCAAUGACUGAUAAUACCAGAUUUGGUCAAAUUCACCCAACCUUCUUUUGGGUGUAAUUGACGCUGAACCAGCUGUUACUAUAUAUAGUUUUUUCCAAUGCAUCCCAUGUUAUUAGUACUUGGAUAAGAGAGGCUAGAAAUGGUUUUUAAACAUAAAAUACCUUCCAGGUUAAACUUGUAUUUCCAUGGCAAGGAGCCUAAAACACAUUAAGGGACAUGCCAAAUUUCCCCAGGCAAGUCUACUCCUGCUAAACAAAUACUGGGUCACGGCAGCGCUGACUUGUUCUGUGUGAAGAACUUUCUUGUUUUUCUCCUUAUUUCCUGCAUAGUUUAGGCUACACAAUACCCUAUUCUGCAUCAACCCAUACUAUCCCAUCUCCCUGGCACCAUAUUCAUAUUUUACAUCGCCUUACAAUAAUUUCCUCCACCAGUUCAACUAAAACACUAAGGGCACAGAUGGGAACUGUUAUUUGGAAACCUGUUACCCAGAAAGCUCUGAAUUACAGGAAGCCCAUCUCCCAAAAUCAAAUAAUUACAUUUUUUUUAAAUGACUUUCUUUUCUCUGUGAUAAUAAUAUAAUUAAUCCUUAUUGGAGGCAAACCAAUCCUAUUUGGUUUAUUUAAUGUGAAACUGAUUUUUUUGCAGACCUAAGGUGUGGUGAUCCAAAUUAGAAAAUACCCUUAUUCAGAAAACUCCAGGUUCCAAGCAUUCUGGAUAAAAGGACCCGUACCUUAAAUGGCAUUAAAACUAACCAGACAUUCUGGUGUGAACAGAGGCGUUAGUUUGAAAAGUCAACUUAAAAAAAUGGUGUGUUCCCACUUUUUUACACCAUUUUUUAUAGUGGGAUUCAGUGAAUUCAGACAGGUCUGACAGUGUUAUCAAUAAAAACAAUUCAUACAUUCAUAAGUAGAAUUUACCUGGUUUCAAUGGAUGAUUACUGUAAUUGUGACGCAUGGCUUUAUUUAAGAUGCAAGGACUACACCUGAGCAUUUUAAAGGAGAUUUAACCAUUAAAAUAAUUUUGAAUAAAAUGCCAUAUAUUAUAUGCUUAGGGGCAGAUAUAUCAUAAUGUAAGAUAAGAGCUCACUCAUUACUAUGGGAUUUUUACAAUCUUAUUUAUCAAAUGGGAAACUUUCACCCAUUGAUAAAUUCUAAAAAUCCCUUAGGACUGAAAAGAAAGUCGUUGAGUUUUUCUGUAGCAAGCUCUAAUCAUACAUUUUGAUAAAUCUGCCCCUUAGCGUAAUGUUCCAACUUAAGGGUGCAGCAUCCAAUGCACAGAAGACCACCAUUUUGGAUUUUAUUAGGUAUGUCAGUGACACUGCACAAGCUCGGUGUGCUCUAAGCAGCUGUUCAAGCUAUGUUUAGGGGUCAUCACAAAUUAUCAAGUAAAAAAUUAGAUUUGCCUCACUUAAGCUGUCAUACAAACCAGCGCUACAGGGCUGAUGCAAAUUGCACUGUUGUCUGAGCUGUCAUGUCAAGAAGCAGAAUUAAGUACUUAUCAAACUUGUAUCGUGACUAAACUACUACUAAACGUGCUGGGGUUCCCUUGGGCUGGUACAGAAGCACAGAACACAUGUACAGCAUUUCUACUGUACUUCUUUGUUAAGCUUUAGUUCUCCGUCAAAGGAGAACAAAUAUACAAUCACUGGGAAGGGGGCAAAAUGUUUGGCACCCCCCAUAAUCUCUCACCUGAUUCCCUUGGCUGGUGUUCCUUUUCGUUAAAAAACUGCACCAGCCUAGGGUAUUUCUAUAGCAUAUCCUCGUUGCCAUGUUCUUUGGCUUCUUACCUAUUCUUUUCGGUCCAGUCUGGGCAGGCACAUAUGCAUUAGAGUGAAAACUGAUACUAGACACUUAGGGGGUUAUUUACUAAUCCACGUAUGCAAAAAUCACGAAAAAUUCAUGAUUUUUUUUAUAUAAAAUCGGGCUUUUAAAAAAUAGCGAAUUUUUCAGAAUUUAUUAAACCACGAGGCUGGAAAACUGCAAAUCUGAAAUCUUGGCAUCUCAGACCUGUCAAGGUUCCAUAUAAGUCAAUGGGAGAAGUCCCAAUGAUUUUAUUGAUUUGCACUGGGUCUCGUGCCAAACCCCGAAGUUUUCGGAGGUUUCAGGCAAAAUUCUGAGGUUUCGGGUGAAAACAAUGAAAAAAUCAUGAAAAUUUGAUUUUACCUCAAAGCAAAGUUUUGGGAAAAUUAAAUAAUAAAUAAGCAUUAAAACCCUAGCGGCUUAGAUCGGAGUUUGUAGCAGCCAAUAUUGAGAUAAAUUCAGACCUUGAUAAAUAACCCCCAUAAAGUCAACUUUUUCACUACUUCCCAUGCAACGGCCCAGGCCUGCAGAAAGGAAGACCUAGCCAAAUUACCUUGUACAGAAAUGCCCUGGGUCAGUGCAGUUAUCUGCUAACGGGAGUACCAGCCCAGGGUUUCUGGCAAGAGAUUAUAAUCAUUAAGGGUGCCUAACAUUUGGCACAUUUGGGAAUAUGAAAGACAAAUUAUUUAAAUAUAACACCUGCCAGUCCACCACCCAUAUUUACUAACCUUUUUGAGGAUUUGGUACAGUUUAGUAAUGAAAGGAGAAUACAGCCAUGUAUCUAAGAGGCAGCAUAUGCUGCAUAGUACCUGAGAGGGAGCAAGUCUGGAAAAAAGUGACUAGAUGUUUUACAUAUGUGUGCCUGUGAAUAAGUCCUGGCAUUGAAAUGUGUUAUUUACAAAUAUCACUAUGGAUGGGUAUAUUUAAUAUAUGUAUAUAUAACAUUUGCAACAAAAAUUUGGAAUUAGUGUCUGGUUUAGUUUCCUUUAAAUUGUACACUUUUAAUUUGAAACAAAUGUGCUAAGUGCAUUGGGAUUAGUUCAUGGGAAAAAACACUACAGCAUCUGUAAUCUAUUUAAUGUCUGUUGUUCUGAGGUUGAAUGCUUAAAGUCAAUAAAUCUCAAGUUUUUUUUA